AUGUCCGUACAACAAGUCUUCGUCAUUUCACGAGCCGGAAGCUUAAUCUACGAGUGGUCGACGCCGGAGACGACGAUGCCGAACAUUGAACGGAUCUUCGACUGGCCCCUGGGUCUACAACUCGAAAACGUCGACGGAAAACCGGUGGUCGUCUGGGGCUCCGGCGUUCCCCCACGCUACUUUGUUUCCGCUGUCAAUGGGAUCGCUGUGAACGGGACGAGCUUCACAAAAGAAGAUCAAAGAAUAUCCGUGUUCGACUUCGUCGCUGAGCAAUCCAAUUACCCGGUGAAACUAGGGUUUUCAAUGCCAAUGGUCUCCACCAAUGAGAAGAUCAUCCUUUCAAGCACAUUCCACUCGUUGUACACGAUUGCCGUACAGUUGAGCCCGGCACCUGGCAGCAGCGGAAUCGAGGUGGUAAUCCACAAGCCCACCAGUUCCUCGCAAAGCUCUACGAACUCUACGCCGACUAUGCACUCAAGAACCCCUUUUUAUUCCAUCGACAUGCCGAUUCGAUGCCAUAAAUUUGACGACGGUCUGCGAGCUUUGUUAGAUAGGAUAGGAAAAUUUUCUGCUGUUACUGUU